GCCCCGCCGACAUGGAGGAACGCCUCUCUGCCGUCUUCUCAGACCACAUGCUCAAAGCUACUGAACGUAUUGAGCAAGAAACUACCGCCAUCAUGCGGUCCGCGACCACCGCGCUCCAGAGUCAGUCCCAGCUGGUCAUAUCGCAGGUUCAACAGCAGGGAGGCCGCAUCGACGCUUUCGACACCAAUCUCCGUGAUCUCGGCAACCGCACGCAGAUUUUCGAGCAGGAGCAACAGCAGAUGCGGUCUGACAUUGAACGCAUUCAGCCUUCUCUCGCCAUGGCGGAGGCCACGCUCCCGCCCCUCGACAUGGCUGCUCUCGCUAUCUGGGACCGCCCGCCCGACCCUCACCUCUACAGCAUUGGGGCGCCUUCGGCUAUCGAGCCUGCGGAGGUUCGGCGGUCGCUGGAGCAAUGGAUCACCGCCGCGGGAGUCUCCCUCAGCGACACCGAGUUCAUUGGCGACGGCGCCAUUUCCAUCGACGCGGCCCCGCUUGUCGCGCUCGAGAUCGGCGCCGCGGCAGCUGACAGCGCGCGGCUGCGGUGGGAUGGGCAAGUUCUUCAACGGCUCAACAUUGACAUGGCUGCGAUCGCCGCCGGGUCCCAGCGGCUAUUUCGAGCGACGGGCACCUCGCUGCGGAGGCGCAAGCUUGCCAAGCUCGAGAAGCACCUGAGGAGGGGUGCCAUCGUGCUCAUCCAGGAGUGUCAUGGAGCCUCGUUGCAACUGGAGGUGCUGGUUGCCAGCGAUCCUUUCCCGCACAAGGUCUUCCACUCCCAG